AUGGUGUUUUUGAAUGACAAAAGGGGAAGUGUGAGUGGUGUGAAUGAGCUGGUGCAUUUAGAGAGUGGCUUGCUGGAGGUCUCCUCAGAUUUUGGGGAAACAGAGCAUGUCCGUACAGAGCAUGUUCGUACUGAGAAUGAAGAGGUGGUUGUGCCACGUCCAGACCCUAAUGUGGUUGCGAAGCCAUGGGUGAACCUGUUCCAAGGAUCUCAUCUUACUGCGAAAGGUACAUCACUAUCUUUUAUUGCUCCAACAAUUUCUGAAGGUUCCCCUGUAGCUGUGCUUGAUAAUGUUGAUAUAGCUAAGAUGUCUGCUAUUUGGGAUGCUGCGUUGAUUAUGUAUGUUGUUGGAGAUAAACCAUCAAUAGGAGCAGUUAUUAGAUAUAUUGCGAAUGAAUGGAAGAAUGUUAGUAAACCUCAGGUGUUUCUCCAUGAUGAUGGCUAUUUCAUAGUCAAAUUUGGCUCCAAGAAGGACAGAGAUGCAGUACUAGUGGCUGGUCCACAUACCUUUUUUGGUAGGCCAAUGAUCACAAAACCAUGGACUGCAAGCUUCAAUUUCAAGGAGGAGGUACUUAGAGUUAUUCCUGUUUGGGUGAGAUUACCUAAUCUGCCAUUGUGUUGUUGGGGGCCUGAUUCCCUUAGCAAGAUUGGUAGCUUGAUUGGUGUUCCUCUCUUUGCUGAUGAGUGCACUUCCAAGCAACUUAGGAUCUCCUUUGCUCGAAUGUUGAUUGAAGUAGAUGUCACUAAAGACAUGCCGAAAUCAGUGCUUAUCCAGGAUUCUACAGGUCGUUCCUUCACACAAAAAGUGGAUUAUGACUGGCUUCCCCCAUUCUGUAAAGACUGCAAGGUGAUUGGGCAUGAUUGCCAAGUGAAAAAGAGUAAUGCUACUAGAUUCCAACCUGCAGUUCAUGUGCCUAAGAAAGUAAAUAAGGUGUGGAAACCAAAAAAAGUUCAAGCAGAUUCUGUAAAGUCUAAUCAUGAUGCCCCAGUGAUUGAUAGAGUAGUGGAGGAGAAGGAUGCUGAGACAGAACAUACUCCCAGUGGCCAGAAUGAACAACAAAAUGUUCAAGAUGAUGGAUGGAGGGUUGUUUCAAGGAGGAGGAGAGAAUCUAGAACACAUGAAAGUUCCCUUGGUCUUGCUCAAGUGCGUACUGUGGUUGGCAUUGCACCAGAGUUCUCUCUAGAUGAGGAUGGAGUGAAAGAAGGAAAUGCACAAAGAAUUAAGAAUAAAUUUGGUUCUGCCUGGGUUUGGGAGAUGAACUACACUUGUUCUCCUAAAGUGUAUGGGCUCCACACUAUUGAACAUAGGAGACCAUUGUUAGUGCAGGGUAAAUGGAAAUCCAGUUCAGAUGCAGAAACAAAAGAUUUUGAAGAAUUUAUUCAGGCAGCAGGGAUCACUGAACUUAAAAGUUGUGGUAACAUGUUCUCCUGGAGUAAUAAGGGCCAAGGUGAUCAAACAAUAUCCUCUAGAAUUGACAGGGCAUUUGGGUGUUGUGAUUGGCAGAGUAGCUUUCCUGCAGUGUGUGUGGACUAUUUGAAUCCUGGAAUCUCAGACCACUUUCCCCUUUUAUUGGACUGUAAUAUUGCUCAUCAUCAAGGUAGCAGACCCUUCAAGUUCUUUAAUUACAUGGCUUCUCAUAAGUGUUUUAGGCAGGUUGUACAGGAAGGGUGGGACACUCCUGUUGUUGGCACUGCUAUGUUUCAAGUGUGGCAGAAGUUGAAAGCUGUUAAGAAGGGCCUUAAGCAGCUCCAUCAUAAAGAGUUUGCAAGAUUGGAGGAGAGAAUUGAUUGUGUUAGAGGGGAACUUGAUGAUACUCAAAGCCAACUAGCUCACUCUCCUUCUGAUGUUGGUUUACAGGAGAAGGAGAGGGGUCACAUCAUGCAGUUAAAAAAGUUCCUCAAAGUUCAAGAAUGUGCUUGGAAGCAAAAAUCAAGAAUUCAGUGGCUGCAAACUGGUGACUCAAACUCAAAAUUCUUUUUUAAUGCUAUGAAAGAGAGGCAUGCCAAGAACAGUAUUGAUAUCCUGUAUGAUAGUCAAGGGGUAAAACUAACCAAGUCUGAAGACAUUAAAAAGGAGAUCAGUACCUUCUACCAUGAUCUAAUUGGCUCUACUGCUUCUUCAUUAGAGGGAAUAGAUAUGUCAGUUGUGAGGAAAGGGAAACAAUUGUCUGCAGAUUCUGCACAGGCUCUAGUUCAUCCUGUUACUACCUUGGAGAUAGAUCUAGCUUUGAAAGGCAUAGAUAUCAACAAAGCUCCAGCGUUAGAUGGUUUUAACAGUCAGUUUUUCAUUUCUACAUGGGAUAUUCUGAAGGAGGACAUAUAUAGAGCUGUACAGGAAUUCUUUGCCACAGGGAGAAUGUUGAAACAGAUCAACAACACAACAGUUACUCUGAUUCCUAAGGUGCAGAAUGCUACCAAUAUCAAGGAUUUUAGACCUAUUGCAUGUUGUUCAGUUGUGUACAAAUUAAUCUCAAAAAUCUUAACUCACAGAAUGCAAUCAGUCAUUGGGGAGGUGGUGAAUAAUGCUCAAGCUGGCUUCAUUCCAGGCAGGAAUAUUGCUGAUAAUAUCCUUUUAGCCACUGAACUAGUGAAGUGUUAUUCCAGGAAACACAUUUCUCCUAGAUGUAUGAUUAAAGUGGACCUAAAAAAGGCUUAUGACUCCCUUGAGUGGCCUUUUCUUAAGUCUAUGAUGCAAGAGUUAGGUUUUUCAGAUUUGUUUAUCAAGUGGGUGAUGCAAUGUCUCAGUACUGUUUCUUAUUCAAUUUUGGUGAAUGGCUUUCCAACUAUGCCUAUAACUGCAAAGAAAGGCUUGAGGCAAGGUGACCCUAUGUCCCCUUAUCUUUUUGCCUUGGGAAUGGAAUAUUUAUCAAGAAGUCUUGCUGUUGCCACUUCAGAGGGGAGAUUCAAUUUUCAUCCAAGGUGUAAAAAGUUGGGGAUUUCUCAUAUGAUGUUUGCUGAUGAUUUGCUGAUGUUUGCUCGAGCAGAUGUGCCUUCUGUUAACUCUUUGUUUGGAGCCUUUCUGAAAUUUUCUGCUGCUUCUGGUCUUAGUGCAAAUUUACAUAAAAGUGAUGUUUACACUGCUGGUAUCUCUGCUGAUGUGGAGACACAGAUAUUUGAUGUUAUUGGUAUCAAAAAAGGUUUCUUUCCUUUUAGAUACCUGGGGGUUCCCCUUACCACCAGGAAACUGAGAUAUGUUGAUUGUAAGCCUCUUAUUGAGAAAACUAGUGCAAGAAUUAGAAGCUGGACUACAGAGUUCUUAUCUUAUGCAGGGAGAUUGCAACUAGUUAAAUAUGUUCUGUUUGGUAUGCAGCUAUAUUGGUGUCAGAUUUUUGUCAUGCCAAAGAAAGUGAUGAAGGAGAUUCAGCAUCUGUGUAGGUGUUUCUUGUGGACAGGCUCUGAUUUGGGGUCUAAGAAAGCUCCUGUAGCUUGGGAUGACAUGUGUCUUCCCAAAAGCUGUGGUGGAUGGAAUUUGAAGAAUUUGGUAACCUGGAAUAAAGCAGCUGUGUUAAAGCAUUGUUGGGCACUUUCAAUAAAGCAAGAUAGGCUCUGGGUGAAAUGGAUUCACUCCUACUAUGUGAAACAUCAUGACUUUUGGACCAUGCCUGUCCCUAAUGGGCUCACUUGGUCUCUGAAGAAGAUUUGGCAACAGAGGGAUAUUCUAGUGCAAACUGGUGGGGUGGAUCAGUUUAUUGUGAAUGGGAAAUUCAAGAUUAGCAGAAUGUAUAAGGCUCUUCAUACUGGUGGCAUUCAGGUGCAAUGGAAAAGAAUAGUGUGUAAUAGCAAAGCUAGUCCUAAGGCUACCUUCAUCACUUGGUUGGCCCUGCAGAAUAGGUUACCUACUAAAGAUAGGUUGUUAUCAUGGAACAUCAAUAUUGCUGGUGUUUGUGAAUUCUGUCAGGUGCAGGAUGAGAAGUUGUCUCAUCUGUUCUUUGAGUGUCACUACCCUCAUGAUAUCUGGAAAGAAGUGUUGAUGCAGUUGGGUAUUCAAAGGAACAUCAGUAGCUGGCAAGAAGAGGUGCAAUGGGCAGCUGUCAAAAGUAGAAGUACAAAGAAGAAGGAUCAGCAUUGUAGUGUAGCUUUUACUGAAACUGUUUAUGCAGUUUGGCUCCAGAGAAAUGCUAGUGUUUUUAGUAAGAAGCUUGAUCAUGUAGACAGUGUAGUUAGAAGGAUUCUCUUCAUUGUAGCUUGUAGGAAUCAGUAG